ACUAUGCCAACGUCCCGUUACAUAAUUAUAGUAGGGCUGGGGAUCCGAGAUUUUACACCCAAAACGGUCGUAGCAUCUUCAGUACAACCAAGCUUGUCAUCGCCUUCAGCUCCAGUCAGAACCCACAAGUGAUCCAGGAAUUUUUCUACGUUCAACAAAAGCCUCCUGGGCCCCCACUAACGUUGACAAUCGUUUGAGGCUCCAUCUGUCACAUGGUAGCAUACGGAUGUGCCUUUACCUCAUACUUUACGUAUAGCCUGGGUUCCCAAUACCGUGGGCAUGCUUUUUACAAUCUCUACCAAGAUGCCCGACGUAACAGUAAUCAAUAACCUUACCGAAGAAAUCCAUGUUGCUUUCUUCCUAGGCGUCCCUACCAACUGGAAAAAUCAGUUCAAGCCCGGAGAACGUUGGACAACGCACCUCGCCAGCCUCCCGCAUCGUUUUGAAGCGCGCUCUGUGACGGAGAGUCGCGAGUUCAGUCUUGAUGAAUCCAUGGAGAUGCUUGCAACCAUCGGAGGCGCUUGCGCUGCCGGUACUGGUUCUGUACUAGCUACAAUGGUUGGCAUACCCGCUUCAAGUUCUAACAGGCUUAUGGCUAUUGCGAAUGCCGGUGGCGCAAAAUAUGAUGAGUGGGGUGCACAUGGGAGGAAGUGCAGGGUGAGAGUGUGGGUGCCAUUGCGGCGCCAUCGGGAGUAUUCAGUUAGAGUGGUUGAUGGGAAGUGUGUUCUAUGGGAAGUCGGUGCUAAUAGAUUGGUCUAAUAGCUAUGACUGUUUUCCGGACUAGGCGCGUUUCAUUUGAUU